CAGCGUGGGCGGCGCGGGGCCGCUCUGGCCGCGCGCCUCGCUGGUGCGGAGUCCCGGAAGCGGCGCGGGCCGAGGCCGCAAUGGCGGAGAGCCCGGCGGCCGAGGACGCGGCCCCGGCCCCGGCCGCGGUGCUGGCGGCGGGCGGCGGCAGCGCCUCCCCCAGCAGCACCGCCGGCGCCGCGGGGACUCCCGGCGUCUUCAUCCCCGCCGAGCUCUGGGCAGCGGCGGGGUUCGGCGCGGCGGCGGCGGCGCCCGGUAGCGGUGUGGCUCCCGGGAGCGGCGGCGGGAGCGGCGCUCCCAUGGCGGCGGCGGCGGCGGGGGCCGCGCUCCUCACGCACUCCGCCUUCUGGGACCCCACGGUCAGCGGCGACUGGGACAGCGAGCGGCCCAGCGCGGCCUGCCUGCUGCGGAUCAAACGGGACAUCAUGUCCAUCUACAAGGAGCCGCCCCCGGGAAUGUUCGUUGUGCCUGAUCCCCACGACAUGACCAAGAUCCACGCUCUGAUCACGGGGCCGUUCGACACCCCCUACGAGGGCGGCUUCUUCCUGUUCCUGUUCCGCUGCCCCCCCGACUACCCCAUCCACCCGCCCCGCGUCAAGCUCAUGACCACGGGCAACAACACGGUGCGCUUCAACCCCAACUUCUACCGCAACGGCAAGGUCUGCCUCAGCAUCCUGGGCACGUGGACAGGCCCGGCCUGGAGCCCGGCCCAGAGCAUCUCCUCGGUGCUGAUCUCCAUCCAGUCGCUGAUGACAGAGAACCCGUACCACAACGAGCCCGGCUUCGAGCAGGAGCGACACCCCGGCGACAGCAAGAACUACAACGAGUGCAUCCGGCACGAGACCAUCCGCGUGGCCGUGUGCGACAUGCUGGAGGGGAAGUGUCCCUGCCCCGAGCCCCUGCG